GAUUGCAUUAAACUUUGGAAGUUUAAGGUUUAAGAACCCUGAGCUAGCUUCUAAAGACUUUGGACCUUGUUUUUUUGUGGCAUGGACCACCAGUUUAAUGAAGGCAAGUCACUCCAACCUCCCAGGCCUCAGUCUUCUCGUUUGAAAAAUGUGUGUCAAAUGUGCUGGCUUUGACAAUCUUUUCAACGCUAAUGUUCUAUGACUCAACAAUAAUAAUGCAUUUCCACAGGCGGUAAAAAUAUUCUAGACUCUUCCCUUCCAGCUCUCGCUGUUUACUUCCUCUAUACUUCCCCUUCCUGCCUCCCUGGCUGCCGCUCAGUGGAUAGUGGGCCUCAAUGGGGGCAGGAGCAGAAUCCCAUGGUAGCCAGGUGGGUGACGGGGAGCGAGGACUUUCCACCUGCCUUGAAGAAGACGGCGCUGACCUGCUGCGUAAGCGACCAGGUGGUCCCAAGAACCUGACGAUGGACCCCAUUCACAUUAACAUGUCCAGUGCUCCGCUGGUGAAGCACCCGGCUGGAGCUGGACUCAAGCCCAGCAGACCCCGGGUCAUGUCCAAGAGUGGACACAGCAACGUGAGGAUCGACAAAGUGGACGGCAUCUACUUACUCUACCUUCAGGACUUGUGGACCACUGUUAUCGACAUGAAGUGGCGCUAUAAGCUCACCCUGUUUGCUGCCACGUUCGUGAUGACCUGGUUUCUUUUUGGAGUGAUUUACUAUGCCAUCGCGUUCAUUCACGGGGACUUAGAACCGAGUGAGCCCAUUUCCAAUCACACCCCUUGCAUCAUGAAAGUGGACUCUCUCACGGGAGCCUUUCUCUUCUCCCUGGAGUCCCAGACCACCAUUGGCUAUGGCGUUCGGUCCAUUACGGAGGAAUGCCCUCAUGCCAUUUUCCUCUUGGUUGCCCAGCUGGUCAUCACGACCUUGAUUGAGAUCUUCAUCACAGGCACCUUCCUGGCUAAAAUUGCCAGACCCAAGAAGCGGGCAGAGACCAUCAAGUUCAGCCACUGCGCUGUCAUCACCAAACAGAAUGGGAAGCUGUGCUUGGUGAUUCAGGUGGCUAACAUGAGGAAGAGCCUCCUGAUUCAGUGCCAACUUUCUGGCAAGCUCCUCCAGACCCACGUCACCAAGGAGGGGGAGCGGAUCCUCCUCAACCAAGCCACCGUCAAAUUCCACGUGGACUCCUCUUCCGAGAGCCCCUUCCUCAUCUUGCCCAUGACCUUCUACCACGUGCUGGAUGAGACGAGCCCCCUGAGAGACCUCACGCCCCAAAACCUGAAGGAGAAGGACUUUGAACUCGUGGUCCUCCUUAAUGCCACCGUAGAAUCCACCAGUGCUGUCUGCCAGAGCCGCACGUCCUACAUCCCUGAGGAGAUCUACUGGGGUUUUGAGUUUGUGCCCGUGGUUUCUCUCUCAAAAAAUGGGAAGUAUGUGGCUGAUUUCAGUCAGUUCGAACAGAUCCGGAAGAGCCCGGCUUGCACAUUUUACUGCGCGGAUUCUGAGAAGCAGAAACUUGAGGAGAAGUACAGGCAGGAGGAUCAGAGGGAAAGAGAGCUAAGAACUCUUUUGUUACAACAGAGCAACGUCUGAUGGCAGUGGUGUCGCCUCCAUUUAACUAACUCUACGUGCUGUUUCCACAUCUGUGCCCCCUUCAAACAUAAAGGUCGCAGCGAAAACAAAAAUGUGUGCAAUUACUGUAAAAAACAGCACAGACAUGCAAAAUCGAUCUUUUCCUUUGAUGACCGUGGCUAAACAAGAAUCUCCACGUUUGAGAGGGCUCCUUUGGUAAAUGCUUUGUCUGAAGUGAACUCUCAAAAUUCAAAUUUUCUAAAAUGGGGCUACACUUCAAAGAACUUGGUGUAGGGCAAUUGCAAAAACGUCCUGCUGAAUGGACAAAUAUUUAGCAAUGCUGACAUUGAAAGGCAGUGCAUUUCUGUACAAGGAUAUCAGUGAUAUUAUAUAGUAUUUAUUCAGUCCAACUAUCAAAGACGUUACGUCCGAGACUUGAAAUGUGGUUCAGUAUUCACUUACGCCAGUGCUUUAAACCACUUUUUUUCAAGUAGAGAAAAUGUUACAUAUAAUGAGACUACCUGGUCAUGCAGAAAAAGGAGCUGGGGGACUCUGUGCUCAUGAAAUAUAGUAAUUCCAUUUUUACCUCUUUUCAGUGGAUUUAAUUGUGCAGAGUGAAAUCGAUUAAGUCCGGAGUUCACAGUUGUGAAAACAUAUACAAGUGGAGCUGAUGCUAUUGUUCACACUAAUUUUUUUGUUGGACUGUACUAGCCCCUUUUGACUCAAAACGUGGCUCACGGACCAGCCACCUCAGCCUCAUCUAGGAGCUUAUUAGCAAUGUAGACUCCUUGGCCCCGCUUGGACUUAGAGAAUCCGAGUCUAUAUCUUAACAAGACCCCAAGUGUUUUGUGUACAAAUGAGAGUUUGAAUAGCUCCUCUCUGGGCAGUGUUUUCAAAGUAACUUUGUGAACCCAUGGGACUCUGUGGGUCCCAUGUCCACGUGACCUCCAGACCUGUCCUUUCUUCGGUUCAUUAUAAUGGACCAAUAUCCCUUUCAGCCAUUUCAUUCCUUAUCUAUCAAAAUACCUUAGCCAGAAAGGAACUGCCACUGACAUACCAAAGGCAAAGUAAAACUUGAGAAUAACUGUUACCUCCCUCAUGAUAAGGACAUGCUUAUUGACUAUAGCUCGCACAGAAGAAAAUGUAAGCUGCGUAAUAAUCAGAAAUAUGCUCAGAUGUUGAAAUCUAGAUGGCUGAUGGGGACAUGAGGAACAAGAGUUGCCGAGGAUAAGUAAUUCAUACACAGAUGACUCCUUCAAGCAUGAACAAAAUUUGAUAAUCUGAUAACGUGUAAAGAAUGCACCCAGUAUUUAAAUAAAUCUCAUGCAACUCGGUGUUACAGAGGUAACAUUUUGCCUUCGGCAGAAUUUAGGUACCCUGCAUUCCUUUGGAACAGAGGGUAAAUGGGCUAGGACUGGCUAACUAUGCAAAAGGUGAAUUCUCAUUUCAUUCAAACCAGGAUGGACUUGCAUAUUGACUGGAAGGAUGAGACUGUAACUGUGUAGUCGCCACGUGCACGUACGUAAGCCCACAUAUGUGUACACAGAGGCACACAUGCCCUGGCUAUUGAAGCAUAACUGUGGAAAUUAUCAAUGAAAGACAUUUGCAAUUAAGAGAGCAAAUCCUCCACAAAAAAAUGCUCACUUCUAAUUUGUCCUAUAGGGUUGGGAACACUGGGACUCGGAGAAAAUGGUGAAAGUAAUCUGGAUUCAAAUUACUGGUGAAAUGAUGUUGUGGGUGACAGCAAAUCUGGCCAUCUCUUGAUGUUCCCACAUUUUCAAAUGUCAUUCCAUUAAACAGAAAAUGUGGCUACAACCUCUGAGCUGGAACUAAACAUCUAAUGCAUGGGUAAGAAUAAUGGGGGUAAAGUCAUAAAGAUUUAAAGAGCAGCAGCCUCAAUGCACAAAAGGAUUUUGUCCUUAAUUAUUCAGGAAGUAUUUUUUUGUUUUUUUUCCUGUUGAUAAUUUCAUGGCAGGUUGUUUUAGAUCUUCAUAUUCCUAAAAAUUACAUGAGUGUAGUUAGAGAUUAGCCCUUUUAGUUAUCAUAUGUGUUUUUAAUUGUAUAUCGUGGUAUAAUCAACGGGAAAAUAAUGCCACAGGCAUGUUUACAGUUUUUCUGUUGCACUAUUAAAUUCUUUUCACAGUAUUUACAUCAAUGUUAAUAUGAAUGUGAUCAAGAUUAGGAAUCUUGUAUAUUUACAUUACACAUGGUAAAAUGAUGUAGCAUAGAUUGAAAAAUCUUUUUUUAUGUUCACUUAGCAUAUCUAUUUCAGCCAAAUUUGGAAGACUUGAUUAUCUGAUCUUUUGCACUACGUACAAAAUCAAUAGGCAGUGCCUUAAAAGCCAAUAUUUGUAUAAGUCAAUAAAUCAUAUUGUAACAUGAUAUUUAAUAAACAGCUCUCAAGUUGUG